UUCUGAUUCCGCGUGUUGAUUAGUAACUCUUCUUCCCUGAUACUUCGAACAUGGAGUCUUUGACCGGUGAAACACAGAAGAAACGCGUCUGCUACUUUUUUGAUUCCGACAUUGGGGGGUUUCACUAUGGUCCGGGUCAUCCGAUGAAGCCUACCAGGGUGCGAAUGUGCCAUUCACUGGUGAUGAACUACGGUCUCUAUAAGAAAAUGGAAAUUUUCCGGGCAAAGCCAGCUUCAAAGCGCGAAAUGACGCAGUUUCAUUCUGAUGAAUAUAUUGACUUCCUCAACCGCGUUACACCUAGCAACAUGAAGUCGUUUGUUAAGCAGCAGCACAAAUUCAAUGUUUGGGAUGAUUGUCCAAUCUUUGAUGGGCUUUUUGACUAUUGCUCGAUAUCUGCGGGUGGCUCUAUGGAGGGCGCUGCUCGGCUUAGUCGGGACAAGUGCGAUAUAGCUAUUAAUUGGGCCGGAGGUCUACACCAUGCCAAGAAAGGCGAGGCCAGUGGAUUUUGUUACGUGAACGAUAUAGUGUUGGGUAUUCUCGAACUAUUAAGAUACCAUCAACGUGUGUUAUACAUCGACAUUGAUGUACACCAUGGUGAUGGUGUGGAGGAAGCGUUUUAUAUCACCGACCGUGUCAUGACGUGCAGCUUCCAUAAGUAUGGCGAGUUCUUCCCGGGAACAGGAGAGCUCAGGGACAUCGGCGUCCAGAAAGGGAAAUACCACGCCAUGAACUUCCCGUUGAGGGACGGUAUUUCGGAUGAGAAUUACAAGUCGGUAUUUGAGCCAGUGAUUAGGAAAGUCAUAGAAACAUUUGAUCCCUCGGCGAUAGUGUUGCAGUGUGGGACCGAUUCCCUGUCCGGCGAUAAACUGGGGAGCUUCAAUCUCUCAAUGAAAGGACAUGCCAACUGUGUAAAAUUCGUAAAGUCGUUUAAUAGGCCGUUACUUCUCGUUGGGGGUGGAGGAUACACUAUGCGAAAUGUGAGUCGGGCGUGGGCUUACGAAACCGGCAUAGCGGUAGGCGUGGAGUUGGGUCCUGAAAUCCCGGUGAACGAGUAUUAUGAGUACUUCGGUCCGGAAUACCAAUUGAAUGUCAAGCCUUCGAACGCAGACGACCUCAAUACGCGUACAUAUUUGGAUAGGGUUAAGCGAAUUGUAUUUGAAAAUCUGAGGCAUAUGGGUGGUCCUCCGAGCGUGCAGAUGCAAGAUAUACCGUCUUUACCUCAUGAUGAGGAUAUGGAUGACGACGACGAACUUAUACCUCCCGAUGUUCGUCGACAUCGGAGACUGUUAGAUUCCAGGAGGCAGACAGACGGAGAGCUGUCCGACUCUGAUGAUGAGGGAGAGGGUGGCCGGCGUAAUCAUGAGAACAAUCGCGACCCUGACGAGAAGCUCGGCACGGGAAUGGUUGGAAUUCUUGCUGCUGGUCUUACGUCUGCGCAUGCAGGCCCCAGCGGGCAGACGACUGUCGAAAGGAUUUUAUCGUCGAAGAUGGAUAUUGACGAGCAGGAGGACUAGAAUAAUUUGGGAGAAAAUAGUUAUCUUUUGUCUUGUUUUCCAGCUGUCUUUUAUCGUGGUACAACUUGAUGCUCUUUUGCUCGUUCACC